GCUCGCGUGUCGCGGGGGAGGAGCCAGGCAGCAGCGACACUACUGACACGUACGAAUCCUGCGUAAGAUUUAAGGAGGAAGUUACAUAUUUUCCUUAAAUUGAACGUCGAUACGGCUUCUUCGACUCAGACUUGAUGUAGUUGACCUGUCCCGGGACCCAGAGGCCUGUUUGGACGCGUUUUGGAAGCGACGCGCGGACUGUCGGGACAGAGGAGCCGAAGCAACAAGAUGAGAUUCUCAGGGUUUAUUUCUGUCCUGCGCUCGGUCGGCCCGGUAGUGAUUGGUAUUUCUUUAGGGUUCACGUUGAGUUUACUGAGUGUAAACUGGACGGAAGAAGCGUGUUACCUAGACGCUAAGGAGGGUGAGGAUGUGACUGUGGGUCAUGACGCGCAGCUCAAAGGAGCCCGAAAGCCCAACUCUAUCUCGACUGUCAACGAUGUGGAGUCCGAAGAGGAUUUUGAGCCAAGAAUAGUCCCGUAUAAACAAGUCCAACAGAGUCCCCCAAAGAAAGUGUUCAGGGCUAAAUACAUAAGCACAGAGCUGGGGAUGCGAGAGCGUCUGUUCGUCGGGGUCCUGACAUCCAGAAGCACCAUAAACACUCUUGGCGUAGCUGUCAAUCGCACCAUCAGCCACCACCUGGACACUGUGAUAUUCUUCACCGGCAUGCGCAACCGCAAAGUCCCUCACGGCAUGUUCGUCGUCUCUCACGGAGACGAGAGGCUGGUCUGGAACAUGUUUCAGAAUAUCAAAUACAUCUUGGACCAUUACAUCAAUGAAUACGACUGGUUUUACUUUGUCCAAGAUGACGCCUACACGGAAGCGGACCGGAUCAAAGCCCUGGUGGAUCACCUGAGUACGGAUCGAGAGCUUUACAUGGGCAGUCCUGAGGAGUUCAUAGGUGGAGAGAUGGAAGGGAAGUACUGCUACGGAGGGUUCGGGUACAUCCUGUCUCGUACCUUGCUCCUCCGACUCCAGCCCUACCUGGAAAACUGUCGGAACGACAUCCUGAGCGCGAGGCCCGACGAGUGGCUCGGAAGAUGCAUCAUUGACUACACGAACACAAACUGCGUCAGUGAAAAUCAGGGACUUCAGUACAACCAUUAUGAGUUGGGAAAAAACUCUGAUCCGAGUAAAGAACAAAGUGAACAGCUGAAGAAAGCGCUGACUGUCCAUCCAGUGUCUGACCCUGAACAGAUGUACAAGCUGCACAGGUACUUCACUGAGAUUGAACUCCAGAAGACUUACGAUGAGAUUGCUGAACUGCAGGCAGAAAUAAAAAACGUGAGCGUGGUCGCGUUUGACGGCAACCGAAGCGCCCAAUGGCCCGUUGGGAUCAAUCCUCCUUUUGAACCCAAAUCUCGGUUUGAAGUUCUGAAGUGGGAAUACUUUACAGAAGAGGAGAUUUAUUCAUGCGUCGAUGGCUCUCCAAAGUGUGAACUGCAGGGUAUUGACCGCAUGGACGUGGCGGACGUCAUUGAGGUGGCCAUGGUAGAGCUGAACAAGAAGUACAAGCCUGUCCUCCACCUGAAGAAGCAGCAGCUGAUUAACGGGUACAGGCGCUUCGACCCCGUCAGGGGCAUGGAGUACACCUUGGAUCUUCAGCUGGAGGCUGUGAACCAAAAAGGUCACAGCCGGUCAAUCACCAAGCGAGUUCACCUGGUGCGACCUCUGAGUCGGAUUGAGAUCAUCCCCAUGCCUUAUGUCACCGAAGCGACUAGGAUUCACAUCAUUAUACCUCUGACUCUGCAGGACCGAAGCUAUGUUGACCAUUUCCUCGAAGUCUUUGCCUCGAAUGCCUUUGAGACCAGUGAAAAUGCCAUCUUAACGUUCUUGUUUAUUUAUGACCCAGUGGAGGCACAGCAGGUGAACCAGAAUGAUAUAUUUGCCGGUGUGAAGGCACAGAUAAACACGUACGAACGCAAAUACCCAACGGUAAAAAUCCCGUGGAUAAGUGUCAAGACGGAAGUGCCAUCUCAGAUCAAAUUCAUGGACAUCAUCUCGAAGAAGCACCCGGUUGACUCGCUGUUCUUCUUGGCCAACGUCAACUCAAAUGUCAAUUCGGAAUUUCUGAACCGCUGCCGCAUGAAUUCCAUAAACAACUGGCAGGUGUUCUUCCCCAUUCACUUCCAGGACUUCAACCCUGACGUGGCCUAUCCCAACCAGCAGCAUCCCGCCACAGUCGAUCUGAUCAAGGACGCGGGCCAUUUCGACCCCAGGUCAUUUGAAGAAGCGUGUUUUUACAACUCUGACUACAUGACGACACGCACUCGAAUGGUGGCAGACGUCCAAGAGAAUGAGGAGAUUCUAGAGACCCUGGACAUCUUCAACAUGUUCUUAAAGUUUUCGGGCCUGCACGUAUUCAGGGCGGUGGAGCCGGCGUUGCACCAGCAGUACAGCUACCAAGCCUGCAACCCGCGGCUAAGUGAAGACAUCUACCACAGAUGUGUGCAGAGCAACUUGGAAGGUCUGGGUUCUCGCUCCCAGCUCGCCAUGCUGCUGUUUGAGCAAGAACAAGGAAACAGCACCUGAGAACACCAGAGAACUCCUGCUCGUCUUUAAAUGGCAGUUAAAAGCUGUGUGUUUAUUGUACUAGAGUUUGGGACAACCCGUGUCUGGGGGAAGUAUCUCAGUGUGACUCAAAGAUCGUCUGGGUUGUUCAGAGUUUUUAGCUAGUUUGGAAAAAAAAUGAAUGCAGUACAUUCCCAAUGAAACCUCUCCAUAAAUGUUUACAAUACUUGUUGGUACAGAUGAGUUGCUUGAACCAAAUGUUUUCGCUACUCUGAUGAUUCUGAAAGCGACGUUAAGUAAUCUCUGACUACUUGGUGGCAGAAACUCCCAGCAGCAGAGCCUGGACUUAGUGCUGGCUUAUCCAGUUAUGUUUUAAGGUGUCAACUACACAUCCAGCAGACACACGGCUGCAUAGCAUGAGAGGUACGAGCAGCAACGCGUUCACAUAUCGAGAAUUAAUGUUAAUAUCAAAGAUAUUGUUUAAUGAAUGUAUAGCUCUUGUGGGUAUACAAUAGAAUGUUGCACCAAAGGUUGUGUGCUUUUGAUAUUUACUAAUUUGAGUUUUUACAAAAGCGCAUCUUUACUGUAUGUGCCUUGACACUGACUUGUCAUAUGCUGACUGUUUUUAAAUGAUCUUUAUGUUUUGCAGUUCACCCCUUCAGGUGAUGCACAUUUUUCAUUCGUACCUAAAAGAUGAAUAAUAGUUCUGAACAGGUGGGAGGUAUCAGCUUUCACUGUGGAUAAAGUAAUGUUACACAGCUGGGAGAACUGAAUGGGUAGUCGGUCAACCUACAAUUUUAUUUAAAGGUGUCUCGGAAAUAUCAAGAUCCCGACCAUCCGCAGGUUGUGUACGUGCCUCAAAGCAGGGAGGGACUUGGUCGAGAGUGUCUUCAGAGGUCAUAGAUGCAGACUAGUGUAUUCCAGCAGUCUGCACACGACUUCAAGUUUUCUCCAUGAAACCUUUUGAUGUUGCAAGAAAAUUCACAUGCAGGGAGACAAAGGAGAAUUUAUGAAUAAUGGGGGGAAAGAAAUCACCUUGGUAAAUGUCUGCAGUGAUUGCCCGGGUGAGUCCUCAUAAAACAGGAUUUAAUUAGUUUAGAAAUGAUGGAAAUUUAAGAAUGUAUGAAACAUCAAGAAUAGCAGGCGGUUUUAAUACUAAGAUGUUUAAAUGUUCCAAAGUAUUUUUGGGGACUGUAUUGCUAAAGUUUUUGUAAGUUAUUGAAUGGUGAGCUCAGCUUUAGAAAUGGUGGCUUAACCCAGUUGCAGUGCAGUCCAAUGGGAGGCCUUUUUCUACUUUACUGAGUGGUGGCGGUAGCUGUACUGGACACAAGAAAGAUGUUAGUAUGUUUAUAAUGUGCAAUAUUACAGAUAACACAACUGUCUUGAUGUCUGAUGGAGGGCAAAGACAUUUGCUGUAAGUAGAGCAGUGCGUUUACCACAAUACUGUUCACGACAUUACAUAAAGUUAGACUGCUUUCCGUUCAAUGUUAAGUAAAUACACUGUAAUUGACAAGACCUUUUAAUGUAUUUUACUGACACUAGACACUUUUCAUCAAAUUUACUUUGAAAUACGUCAAAUUAAGGCAUUUUAUUUAACUUUAAUUGAAUGCAAACUUACUUAUUGGAAGUGGUGAUCCUCGACACCGUUUGCUGUAUUUUCUGCCAUGUGACCAAAGACCACGGAGGUCAUUUCUUUUAUAACGCAUCUCUUUCUUGACGAGAGCAGAACGAGUACGACACUAAUGCUGUGCGCAAAUUGGAAACUGAAUCUUCCAAAAACCACUGUGAAAGAUGAAGGGCUUAGAUUACAAUAUGAAGUUAUUGUGGUUGAUCUGCGUCGUGUCUGCCUUCUGUGGACGUGGCAGAUUAAUCACCUUGUGUUGUUAAAACAGCCACCGUCGAGGGGCACGUCUCAAGUAUUUUGUUCAUAACUUUUUCAUUUGUCAUUUCUCUAUGAAUUAUGCAGAUUCUGAAGACUUCCGCACUAACAGAGGCUUUCAUGACAUUCUCUGUAUAUAAAUAUUUUAUAGAUUCUAUUUUUAAGCCUUUUGUAGCUUUAUGUACACAAGCAAUUGAUACUUUAUUUUUGGUGACAAACAUAUACUGUAUCCUAAUUUGUGCUUUGAAAAUCAUGUCAUUUGACCAUGAAUUUAAUAAUAUGCUUUUGUUACACUCCCUUUCAAUCAAGUAAAUUAUUUUUUAAAAAAGCGGGCAAAUACAUCGAUUUUGUUUUUUUUUCCGAUUUCCAUUGAUGUUUGGAUUGGUUUACAUUAUUUUAUGCAUAUCGGUACGAGUAUAACCAAAGCAAUACGUUUUAAUUAGUACUCAUCACAUUUAAUUGUGUGCUGUAAUUUCUAAUGAACUGUGAAUUAUUGUAAUUUUUAAAUAAAGGGUAUUUGAAUAUACACAUUUCCUCUUUUUCUUGCGUUUAUUUUAUUUUUUGGAGGGGGAAAAUAGUAUUCAUAAGUGCAGUUUGUCCUUUAGGUGUCAGCAAAAGAGCGCGUUUACUGUCGGCAGCACAGGUCCUCGACCAGGACUGGCUGCCAGUCGCUGAGGUGAGCAGCGUUACUGAACAACAUUUAGAGAUUUCUAACACAAACACGAUUGCUUUUCUCAUUCAUGUUCACAGUGUGUGCUCAGUAGGACUGCAGUGAACAUUCUUGCCCAUGUCAGAAAUGAGGUAUUCCUGAUGUCUGGGUUGGGUAAAAACGGGAAAAUUUUGCAACCUUAAUAACAGCUUUAGUUAUUUCAAGGGUCCGUAUGCACUACCCUGAGGCAUGCUGUAAAACCACAUAACUACAGAGCAGCUGGGAGUUAAUUGUAAGUCAUUAUUUUGUACUUCGUUUUACGUUCGAUCCCAGGACUUUCUCCUCCCACAUGGGGACACGGUGGUUUCAAGUCCCCUAGAAACAAGAAGUUUUCCGUUUUCACAACAAUUUGGGUUCCCCUGGAGGGUAUUUUAAGAAGCAGAAUUACACAAAUUGCUAGACAUUAAGAAGAAUGAUCAAGGAAACGCAUCACUUAUCUGAACUAGACAAUUACACUUUUUCAAAGGCGUCCCAUAUCCCCCCCCCCCAAAAGAAACCUACCACUGAAAUGCCUUCAAUCUUUUUGUAACCUUGUAUUUCUUUUCAUAGCAAUGGUGGAAAGGCUUUAAAGUGAGUGGUAAAAUUGAAAUGCAUGUCGAGUGUGUGAAGAAUAAAUACACAAUGUGAAAUUGAAUUGGGCUUUGGAUUUAGGAGGCACUGGUUUUACCAAUCUAAACUUUAAUAGUUAUCGUAUUUACCAUAUUUAACAUUUAUAAAAUGUGUUUUAACAGAGGAAAUAAUCAC